CCUCCACACCUUUAGGGGGCAGUAAUGACCCAAUGUUGGUGUUGGCAACUUUCUAGUAGCACGAGUUAAAAAAACAGUGACGUUUUGUUUUUAGACGUACGUCAUAGGGAUUCUGACCAAACGCGGCAGCGAUGGUAAUUUUGAAAAUAGCGGGCUAGGUUGCUAACUGCUACAACAUCUCCGAUAUAUGAGUUUUUUUUUUCUGUUGGAACAUGGCGUCAUAUAAUUUAUUACAACGCGCUUAUUCAAACUUUGAAUCUCCCGCCAAGGUGUUUGCGCAGCUAAAAUCUAAAGUGCAGAAAGAAGCCAUGUCCACGAAGGAGUGCAGGUCAGGGUUUCACUCGCCGAAGAAGAAAACAACAAGCCUCUGGACAGAAGAGUUUACGGACACUCAGGGGUUCGAUUCCGGUCUCAACGAGGCCCAUGCUUUGACUCUGUCGCCCAUAACGAGUCCUCAAAAAACGUUCGAUUGCCCUCGUUCCGAUGAGAGCGGCAAACCGCUGGACAUGACGUUCGCACAAAAGGCUAAGGACAGUCUUUUUCUCGAGUCAACGGCGAUGUCCCACACCCUGGUCAACAGAUGCCAGACAGCGGAACAGGGGUGUCCGAUCAGAGGCUUGGACUGUCUCGGCAGCUACAGGUCUCCGGUGAAAACGGCGGGGAGGGACACGCGUGACAACAAACGCGCUCCUCCUGUGGUCAUUGGGUGUUCUCCAAACACCCUGUUCUCCCCGAUGAGAAACAGGAAGAGGAAACUGGAGCAGCACGAGUUUGGGAAAGUCAGUGGAAUGACUGAGGAGAGCCAACACGACCAGCAUCUCAAGAUGGACGGGAAAAGCUCUGCUUUAGGUGAUGGGAGAGGACGAGGAGACGGAGGAGGAGGAGGCUGUACCAACCAGCCAGAGAUGCUCAGGGAUCACAUGUUCACCCCCAGAACCAAGGUUCAGAAACAUUGUAGCAUUGCAAUUGAAAGGCUCCCCGUUAUGUCUCCUGCCAAAAUGUUUGCUUUCAUGAAGGAGAGGGAAAACAAACUGCAGAAGCUGGAAGCGGGCAUCAGCAACAGCCGACGAGAUCUCUUUGGAAACUUGCACCAAACCCAAGACAUUCCUCUUCCUUCAGCUGAAAAUCAGAUGGAGACCACUCCCAGGAGGCAUAUUCCUGCUCAAGAGUCCGUCGGAAACAGGUCCGACAGUCAGUUGGACAGCAGUCGCUCCACCUGUUCCCAGAGAAUGUCCACUUCGCCGGCACCCGUUUUGCUGGAGGACCCGCUGGUUCUCAACUCCCCUCAAAUCUCCAUUCCGAAAAAGUGUGAGACUAAGUUUGGCCUCAGGCAUUGGCCCAGCCAAAGAAAAUUCCCAGUCGAGAAUGUGGUUUAUCUGAAGAAGUGGUUCCUGAGGAGGAGCAGUAAUGGGCUUUUUGUGGAUGGAAUUCACAGAGAAGACAACAUUCCAUGGCACAGUAACAUCAUUGCAGAGAGGAUCUCCAAAUCUGUGCUGAGGACGGUCUCAGGAAGAGUUUACUUCUUAGUUGGCCGCAUGAUCCCAAAUGUUACCUCUGAUUUUCCAAAGUGGUUUCUGAAAAAGUUCGCUAAUGGUUUCCCAUCCGACUGGAAGGCGCUUUAUGAGAAGUUUCUGUCUGAGUCAAAGGAAGAAAAAAAGAAGAAAACCGACAACACAGGCAUACAGCCCACUAAAAAACCAGAGGCUGCUUCUGUGAAUUGUUCAGCGAGGAAAAUGAGGCAAAGGGCGCUAAAGACGCCUGACGUCAGUCCUCAGUUGUUGUCUGCCUCCACCAAAGUGUCUCGGAGCGGCCGCGUCAUCAAGCCUCCUCUGGAGUACUGGAGAGGAGGGAGAGUCCUUCUAGACGCAGAGAUGAACGUCACCAUCCACGAGUGUUACGACAGCAUCCUAUCUGACUCCAUGGCAGAAUCCCAGGAGCCUGUCCGUGAUUUCCUGCCUCGCAGCAAAGGUAAAAAGUGCAGUAAUUUGGCAACUGUCGAGGAAGUGUCUGUACCUGUAAGGAAGGUCAAGAUGCUCCAAAAACAGGGGAAAAAUGGGCCUAAACCUGGAAAGUUUCCAGAUUCAUCUGAUGCUGCUGUGGAAACGUGCAGCAGCACUGAAGAGGGAUCUAGAAGAACGACAAGAUCCACCCAAAAGUGCAAAUAUCUAUCCACAACAGGAUCACACAAAGAGGCCUUGAAAGAAAGUGAACCUAAGAGGCCGAAGCAGAGACAGAUAAAGCAAACGGGGAACACGGACAUGUCUCCCACGGGAAAGGCGAGCAGGAGACGCACCGUCCUGGCAAAUUUUAAUUCAUCAGAGAGUCUGACAACCGAUGGCCAGUUUUCCUUUGAGGAAAAGAAGCCUCAGAAAAAGCGACAGGGCAGGAAAGUUCCUCAAAAGCCUGAACAGAACCACAGUCUGUCGUUAAACCAGUCCCAGUCUUCUGAGGAGAAUUUGAAAAAAUCCAGGAAGACAAAUCACAGGAGAAGGAGAAACAGAAAGCCACACGAACAACAAAGACGGGUCAAAAUACCACCAACAGUGAACCCUUUACCAACACAAACAAGCAAGAAGCAUCAGGUACAGAAACCAAUACUAGAUGAAGAUGAAUGGACAGAGGAAGAGCUCAGCAGGCUGCAAGAAGUUGUAUCCCGCUAUCCUAAACACAUUGCCGGCUACUGGGAAAAGGUUGCACAGAGGGUAGGAACACGCACAGCCGGAGAGUGCCACAAAAAGCACACUUCCCAUGGAACAUCCCAGAGUCCUGCUAAAACCCACAGGAGGCAGAAGAAAGGGAAGGCAGAAGCAGCCAAGCAUCCGGCGGCAGAGCAACCCGUGAUAUCUGCCAGAGCGGGAACGCUGAAGAGGAAACAGCAGGUGCGCCACUUCCUGGAGACCCUUCCCAAAGACGACAUGAACGAUGCUUUCAGCUCGACAUACAUGCGGAAUAAACGGUUCGAGGUACCUUCCCUGUGUUCGAGUGAUGAUCAUGACUCCAUGCUGGGGGAUCUGGAAUACCAAACUCCAAAGUCGACCUGUUUCCCCGAAGUCAAGACUCCUCAGUGUUUGCACAUCACCCCCGGCAUGAUGGGAUCCCCAAACACGAAAAGUGAUGACAAGUAUGUCUAUCAGCUGCAGAGAAGGAUGAAAAAGAAUCAGUUUAAUGUUCAGAAGAACCCGGCUCCUUCAAAGAAGUUCAUCGCCACACCAGGAGUGAAACGGGUGAUGAGGCGAUGCGGUGAAACAGAAAAUACUUCUUUCGUUGUUUGGGAGAUGUUUCCCGGAAAGGAGGAAGAGUCGCCUGAAAGUGGAGAGGAAGAGGAUUACUACUUCUCAGAUGACUGAGUUAUUCAAAGUUGAAACUUUUUUUUUUCUUUUUUUUAUGAAUGCAACAAAAGCCAAUAAAAUACAGGAAAUCUGUAAUAUUUUAACCUUG